AUGUCAGGUUCAGGGAAGAAAACUAAGGGCAGGCAAAAGAUUGAGAUGAAGAAGAUAGAAAAUGAGGAAGACAGGUUGAUCACAUUCUCAAAACGCCGAUCAGGGAUCUACAAAAAAGCAAGUGAGCUAGCUACUUUAUGUGGUUGUGAGGUUGCUUUUAUGGUCUUCUCACCAGCAGGUAAGCCUUUUUCAUUUGGCCACCCCUCUAUUGAAUCUGUUGCUAACCGCUUUCUGAACCAAAACCCCCCUCCAAAUGACAACACUCAUCCUCUUGUGGAGGCUCACCGGAAGAUUAGAAUCAAUCAGCUAAGCCAGUAUUUGAAUGAGCUCCUUAGCCAACUGGACGCAGAGAAAGAGAAGGCAAAGAUGCUUGAUCUGCUGACACAUGGGAAACAAACUCAUGGCUGGUGGGAAGCUCCCACUGAUCAACUUAACCAGCAAGAGCUCGAAAAACAAUAUUCAAAUUAUGAGGAGCUUCUCAGCAAUCUCUAUGGCAAGAUUAACGAGAAGAGUGCUGUAGCCACUUCUUCACUUGUUGCUCCAACUGAUCCUGCUCAGUUCACCGAUACAUUUACAACCAUUGCCAAUGAGGAAGUUCCUGCCUCCUUUCCUCCUGGCUACAACCAUGGUGGGCAGCAGUUCUGA